AUUAAACGCAGUAAGCUAUUAUCGCUAGAGAGGAUAUUUUUCAUACAUAGAAAGAGUGAAAGAGAAAUGGCGACGGCGAAUUCUCCAGAUGCCAGCAACAACAACAAUACUGAUUCCGAUGUCGAAGACACAAGCCCUAACCCUAAUCUUUCAAUUAAUAAAAACAAUGGAUUUCUUAUAUCUUCUGCUGAGUCCAGUUCCCCUUCCGUCUGCCUCCUCCGCUUCGCUGGUGACUCCGCUGCUGGGGCCUUUAUGGGCUCCAUCUUCGGCUACGGUUCUGGUUUGAUUAAGAGGAAAGGUUUCAAAGGAUCCUUUGGGGAAGCAGGAUCUUGUGCCAAGACAUUUGCAGUUCUAUCCGGAGUACACAGUUUAGUUGUCUGCUUUUUGAAGAGGCUGCGAGGGAAGGAUGAUGUUAUUAAUGCUGGAGUAGCUGGAUGCUGUACUGGUCUUGCUUUGAGUUUUCCAGCAACAAGAAUUAGUGGGAGCUAUAGUGGAGAUUCAAGGCGGCCAUGACUCUUUAGACAUAGUAGAAGGUGGUGGUGGUUGUAUGGAUGAAGAAAAAAAUUGAAUUUCUAUAGAGGAAGAGAGUUAAAGAGCAACAAGUUCUAAAAGAUGAAGAAUUAGUAGAGAAAGUAGGUAGGUUGGGAUUCUCCAUCAAUGUACGAUGUUAUAGUGCAAUGAUGAUUUUGAUGAUAAUAUUUAAAUAGGUUGGUGUUCUCCACCAAUCUAUAACAUUUAUUUCAAUGAUGAUUAUGAUGAUAAUAAAGCAAUCAAUGUUGACAAUAAUAGCAAUGAUGAUGUUAUCAAUGGUAACCUCAUUGAAAAGGUAGAAGUUUGCAAAGAGAUCAUGGGAGUUGCUCAACGAAUGAAAUUUGUUGAUUUACACUAUGUUUAACCUUUAUUGAUUACAAGUAUGAUAUUAUCCCAAAGGUAGAAGAAUUGUGCAAAUUUUAUUUGGAUAGAACACAUGUUGAUGAAGUAAGUUUAAGAUUUGCACUUCAUUACUCAAGAAGUCAAUAAAACAUAAAUAAAUUGUCAAUUGAUGUUCCUUAUGCAAAACUGAUCAUGGAAAAGCUAAAGCCGAUAUCUAAAAUUGUUAUGCACCCAAAGCAAAAAAAAAAGGAAA